UGGCGUGAAUAUGGUGCACAAAAAUGCAUUGCGCAUGCGCAUAAUGUUUACGCCACCCACACACUUACACUACGCAUUAUAUACGCGGCGCGGGUGGAGUUGCAUCUGGCUGUCGGCGCUGUCGGUUGGUCUCGGAGAACCCCCUUGCAGUCUAGCCAAUCUCCCAGCUCGCCCCUGCAUUUCCAUUGCAGUACCAACAGUUUCCAAUUUACAGUGAGAUGUACGCUGCUCACCUGCCCGCCCCAUCGCUACUGCGAUCACUAGCAGACGCUCGGACGGCCCUGCUGCUGCUAAUGCUAUCGCUGCUGCCGUUUGCCGGUGUCUGCUCUACAGCGGCCGAGUCGGUGUGUUCAUUUGGUCGUCUCCCGUUCUCCUGCUACACUGGGUGCCCUCCUAUUAACUGUGACAGCAGCGUCGAGUCCUGCACGGGGGACUGUGUCUCUGGCUGCUUUUGUCCUCGUGAUCUUUUCCAACUGGGAUCACAGCUGUGUGUCGAAGAGCAACACUGCAUAGACAGCAGUGAAGUUGAUGACAUUCCAGCUGUGGACAAGUGCAGUGGAUACAGUGAUGACUGCAAUGAGUGUAUCUCCUCUGAUCCAGACUGCCAGUGGUGUCCCUACGAACCUGGAGAGAAGGCAGUGAAAGGCAGUCAUUGUCGACAGAGAGGAUUGAAUCCAGUGUGCCCUGAGGAGAUUAUUGACCCCGCCCCUCUCGUUACAGUCAUCAACGAUGUACGUGUAUAAUAUGUACAUCAUACAAUCGUUGCUGUUAAUAUCCGACAAUAUUUUUUCGUUCUCUGGUAGUACAUACAUACAGUAUUACCGCAUAUUCACCCAAUUUAGUGUAUGUUCACAAUGUACACAUGUACAGAAAGACUUUACAGACGACAUUCAAAUGAGACCUCAGAAACUGCGGCUAAAGCUGCGAGCAGGGAAGCCUCAGCAGUUCACACUAAACUUCAGACCGUCGCGCAACUUUCCUCUCGAUGUCUAUUUCCUCCUGGACGUGACGGGCUCCUUCUCUCAGAGGUUUAGAGAUACUGUCACACCCCUGGCCACUGAAUUAGUCUCAGCUCUUCAGACUAUAUCUGAGAGAUAUGCAGUUGCAUUUGGUGGGUUUGGCGACAAGAGGGCCAUACCAUAUGCCCUUCCCAACCAAGACCCUCGAGCCUACAUCACUAACAUCAAUUUCUUUGGUAAUCCUGAGCGAUGUGCCAACCAACUGAUAACCAACGUGGCUGACUGCAACCCAACCAUCAGUUUCAGACACACGACCGCUCUCUCUCCCCUUACCACCGACCAGCUACAGCAAGUGCUGGCUAACAUAUCAAUCCAUCCAAAUGUGGACUCACUCGAAGGAGGGAUGGAUGGUCUUGUGCAAGUCCUCACUUGCACUGAUCACCCAAUGGGCUUUGAAUGACAUUCAUGCACAUUGUCCAGUGUAACAACAGCGGCCUUCGGAUGUAUACAUGAACAAUUAUUUUGUCACCUUACUAAAUAUACAGACAAUAGGCUGGAGAAACCAGAGUCUGCGAAUGCUGCUGUACAUGAGCAACGCCAACUUUCACCUUGCCGGCGAUGGAAAGGU